UAAUUAAAAACUACAUUAAUAUAAUUAUUUAAAUUCAAAAUAUCGCGGCGAUAGUGCUAACUUCACACAAAUUCAGUAGAAUAUGUCAGUGAACUCAAUCAUAGAAUUUAUCGGUUUUUGUUUAUUCCACGACACAUGUGAGAAAGACGAAGACAGACGUACUCGGAGUCAGAUAAAAUUCCACAAGCCGUUACUUCUCAAGUAUGACGCUGUCAAGUCAAUUUCAAAUUUAACUUUUAAAAACAGUUUGGUGUUUGGUUUUUUCCUCUGGUUCUGGUUCCUCUAUCAGUAAAAGCAAGCGUAUUUAUUUGCUCUAUGUCCGUUUUAUUUGAAUCUGUUUGUUCGUAUAUAGUGUGUGUAGUCCUAUAACUCAUUUAAGUCAUUAAAAAUACUAAAUAACUAGCUUCAAAGUUAAUUUUUAAUGGUACAAUAGAAUCUUCAAAGAAACAGCCAUGUUCUUUCAGAUAUCACCUGUGGUGCAUAAAAAACCAAAACCGAUUCCAAAAAUCAAAAUAGAAGAUUAUGAAUCGCAAAUUGAAGUCCUAUCUCUAGCCCUAUUUACCACCAAUCCGAAAAUCGUGUUUGAAAAUGUCACUGUUGGAACAGUGCAAACCAAAAAGUUGCUUAUUAAAAAUCCUACUGGACAAGACAUAAACUUAUUUGUUAAAAAAUCAAUCCCUGAAGAAAUGAACUUUUUGCUGAGCUGGAAUGAAGCUGAAUUGCCUAAAGGCAGUGAGAAAAUGAUGGAGUUGGUUUGGAGUCCAGUAGAAGUAGUGGCAUGCCGCUAUACAUUCACACUUUCAGAUGGCAAAAGAACAAAUAGAGAUAUUGGAGUUACUUUUAAGUCUGUGAUGCCAAAGCAAUUGAAAGGAACGAAAGGUAAAAAGACCACCAAACCUUCAUCUGUGAAGUUGUCACUUACAAGAAAACCUAUUUCGCCCACUAAAAAAUUGAGAGGUCAUAAAAUUUCACCAAAAAUUAAAUCAGCAAUGAAGUUUUUCUCACCACCGGAACCACAACGGUUUGAUAGAGGUUUGAGACAAAAGCGAGUUGAAAUCAACAAUUACUCACAAAAUACUCAUCAAAAAAGUGCAUGGGAACAUGAGAAAAUGUAUCUAAACGCUCAACAAAAAAAUAAAGAAAACUUAUCUCCUUUCAACAACCAUUCAUUGCUUCACGACAGCCACACGUUUAUAUCUCCAACAAACGUGAGUUUUUUAAUGCAAAAUGCCAACGUAAAUGAGCGUAGAGAGACUUACAUUGUUGGGCAAAAUAAUGAUAAAAUGAUUGAAAAAUUAUCCUCAGAGUCCUUUUUCUUUGAAAGCAAAGAGAGCUCCUUACAUUUUAAUGAUAGUCUCGAUUCUCCAAAUUUACCAUUGAGAGAAUUGAAUAGUACCAAUACCAAUACAACUCCAAGUUUAGAAGAUAUGUUAAAAAGAAAAGUUGUUAGAAGAAGCAGUUCACCAAAUUAUGGGUAUAACUUUGCACAAGUUCUUUCAAAAGAUUCAUUUGCUCCAAGUAUUUUUUCUAUACUCAGUAAACCACCAUCUACGGAUAAUUCUUUGGAAACCUUAUUGAAAAGCCCUAAGGAACUCUUUAAUAAUUUAAAUCAAAGUAGUGAAACUUACAUUAAAAGUAACACAAGUUUUGAAACAUACAUUAAAGAAAAUUCCACUCCUGAAAGUUAUGUUGCAGGCAAUAUUAGUAGUGGGACGUAUAUCAAAGAUAACUCAAUUGGCAAUAUUGGUCAAUUAUUAGAAGUUUCCCCGCUCUCAAGUAGGUCCUGUCGUGCAUCGUCUCCAAUUUUUUCAAAGCCUUCACCCAAGAAUACCUUCCUCCAUUCAACCCAAAAUUUGUCAUGUAUAGCAGAAGAAUCCUCAUUGUUCAAUGAUAGUUCCAGAAAUGGCACCAAAAGAAAAAGCUCCAUUUAUUACAAUUCUCCAAUUAAACGUGACAGAUUAAGUGGCCAAUGUUGGUCAAAAACUGACCACUCGGCAAUAAGAGUAGCUAGAAGAACUUCUGGACUGAAUUUGAGGCAGUUUAAUAAUGAUAUAAAUGAACCUUUGUCAUCAAUAACAGAAAAGACUAUAAAAACUGUUAUAGUUAAAAACCCAUUCCUUUAUGCCAAUAUUUUCGAUCCAUUUAUGACAUCCCAAGUCUACUGUGACGAGGAGUGGAUAGAACAACAAGAAAACAAUUUUAAAAAGUGGCUUAACACGCUUUUAAUGCCUCCAGAAGAAUUGAAUACAGCAAAAAUUGAAGUUAAUGUGGCUCAUAUCUGGCAUGAAUGUACCAAAAAGAACGCUGUACCAGAAGCCAGUAGUAAAGAAGUGAUUUCAUUGAAAUAUCACACAAAUAAAAAAUUGGAUUAUUUGAGAAAGCAAGCCCAAACUUUAUUUAGAUCUCAAGAAAUGAGUAAAGUGUUACAAAAAGUUUGCCUUGUAGUUGAAACUGGGAAACUUUCUAUACGAGACGAUAAAGAUAUACAUUUGAAUUUGAAACUAAAAUCUGAUAUUACUCGUUUAAUAUUAGGGUAUAACCCUUUAUGGUUGAGACUGGGCUUGGAAACCAUUUUCAAUGAAAUUAUACCUUUAAAAUCCAACACUGACAUCAAUGGUUUAGCGAAUUUUAUUUUAGAAAGAUUUUUUAAAAAUCCAUAUUUAGUCAAAAAACACAAGACCAUAUAUGCUUCAAAAUAUUCCCCAGAUUUAAAGAAGUUUCUUCUAAAGAAAUUUUUAAUGUUGGUUUUUUUUUUGGACACAGCCAAAAAUGCGAAAUUGAUCCAGCAUGAUCCUUGCCUAUUUUGCAAAAAUGCUGUUGAAAAAGAAAGUAAAUUAGUUUUAACCUAUUUUGCUAGAGAAACUUUACAAUCAGUAGGAGACAUAACUAAAUAUCUUAAGGGGUUCGGUUACAAAGUAACUCACGCACAAUCCUAUAUUCAUGAGUAUGAUUACGCAGUCAAAAAUUUGGGAAGUGACUUAAGAGAUGGAGUGAGACUUGCAAGAGUGAUGGAAAUUAUACAAAUGAGAAGCGAUCUAACAGGAAAAUUAAGAGUACCGGCAAUAUCACGUUUGCAAAAAAUCCAUAACAUGCAGUUAGUUUUUCAGUCAUUACAAGAAACUGGAUAUGAAAUUCAAUACGAAAUUGAAGCUAAGCAUAUCGUGGAUGGCAUUAGGGAAAAAACUUUAUCAUUUUUAUGGCAGAUAAUUUAUAAAUUUGAAGCUCCAUUGAUGGUUAAAAGUGCCAAAACUAUACAAACAUGGUUUAGAAGUUAUCCAGUUCAACUUAAAAGGCAAGAACUGAGAAGAGUUCGCUAUGAACGUGAAAAUGCUGCCAAGAAAAUACAAGGAUGGUUCAGAAGGCAAAAGUUAUCAAGAAUUUUCUUUUAUUUAGUUGAGGUAGUUAGGGUUUUCAUACAGGAAAGGAAAGAAUAUUUUAUCAAACUGAGGAAUAUGGCUGCUGUAAUAAUCCAGAAAAAUUCCAGAAAGUAUAUUUGUAGAAAACAAUUUUUAUUAAAAAAAGCUGCCGUUGUUACUAUUCAAAGGCGAUAUAGAGCUAAAAAAUUGACCCAAAAAGCUAAAAAUGAUUACGGAAAGUUAAAAAUGGCAACUAUUAAUGUACAGAGAAGAUUUAGAGCAAACAUAGAAAUGAAAACUUGUCGCCAGCAGUAUUUAUUAAAGAAAAGUGCUGCUAAAAAAAUUCAAAGCACUUUUAGAAUGUACACUUUAAGGAAACGUUAUUUACAGCUUCAAAAAGCCACAACAGUUAUUCAACAAAGAUAUAGAUCUCAUAAAUUGACUCAAAAUGCUCGAAACUAUUAUGCCAAUUUGAAAAUAGCAACUGUCAACGUUCAGAGAAGAUUUAGGGCUAAUAUGGAGAUGAAAAAUUGUCGCCAGCAGUAUUUAUUAAAGAAAAGCGCUGCUAAAAAAAUUCAAAGCACUUUUAGAAUGUACACUUUAAGGAAACGUUAUUUACAGCUUCAAAAAGCCACAACAGUUAUUCAACAAAGAUAUAGAUCUCAUAAAUUGACUCAAAAUGCUCGAAACUAUUAUGCCAAUUUGAAAAUAGCAACUGUCAACGUUCAGAGAAGAUUUAGGGCUAAUAUGGAGAUGAAAAAUUGUCGCCAGCAGUAUUUAUUAAAGAAAAGUGCUGCUAUAAAAAUUCAAACUAUUUUUAGAAUGUACAUUUCAAAGAUAAAAUAUGCGAAACUUAAAAAAGCUGCAUUAGUAAUUCAACAAAAAUAUAGAGCUCAGAUAGCAAUGAAAAAACAGCGAGCUUACUUUGUUGCUCUACUGCAAGCAACAAUUUUCAUUCAACAGAGAAUUAGAUCUAAUAAGCUGACAAAACAAGUCCAACAACAAUAUUUGAUUAUGCGUCAGACCACAAUAACUAUUCAGUCAUAUUUCAGGAUGCGUAUAGUCAGGAAACAGUUUCUAGUAUUAAAAAAAGUCACUAUAUACAUUCAAACCACAUAUAGAGCUAAAAAAGCUAUGGAAAUACAAAAAACUAACUAUCAAUGUUUGAAAAAAGCGGCUCUAGUAAUCCAGCAACGUUGGAGAGCUAGGCAAUUGGCCAUUCAACAAAAAUCAGACUAUAAUCAACUAAGGAAAGCUGCAAUAAAUAUUCAGCAAAGAUUUAGAGCAAAUAAAUUGAUGCUGAAACAAAGAAAGGCCUUUGUAACCUUAAAGCAUGCAACGAUUAUUAUUCAACGUAAAUUCCGUGCCAGAAAACAACAGCAUGAAUAUCAUAAACUUCAAUCGGCUGCAAUAUUCAUACAACAAAAAUAUAGAGCUAAAAGAUGCAUGCAAAAACAAGUAAUAGAAUACCAACAAUUGAGAAAUGCAUGUUUGGUAAUCCAGCAACGAUGGAGAGCUAGGCAAAUGUGUAUUCAAGAAAAAUCAAAUUAUAACAAAUUGAAACAAGCUACAAUUAAAAUUCAACAGAGAUUAAGAGCUAAUAAAUUAAUGCUAGAACAAAAACAUGCCUUUGCUCAAAUUAAAAAUGCAUCUAUGGUUAUUCAGCAAAGAUUUAGAGCUAAUAAAUUAAUGCAGCAACAAAGAAGACAUUAUUUAGAAGUUAAAAGUGCCACAGUAAAAAUUCAAAUUUGGUAUAAAUCCAUCUUAGCCAUGAGGACUUGUAGAAAACAUUAUGUCUUACAGAAAAAAGCAGUAGCUAAAAUAGAGCAACGUUACAUUGAAUAUAGAACAAUGCUCAAAGUUCGUUAUAGUUAUAUAAACUUGCAUGUAGCCACAGAAACUAUUCAAAAGCAUUUUAGAGCUUUAAUUUUAAUGAAAAAAUGCAGACGUACCUUUUUAGAAUUAAAGUCUUGUACAAUAAUAAUACAACAAAAAUAUAGAGCUCAAAAGUUGAUGCAGAAAGAGCAGGCUAGCUAUAAAAAACUAAAAAUGGCAACAAUUUUUGUACAAAGCACAUAUAGAACCAACAAAUUACGAAGAGAGUUUUUGGCAAAGAAAAAUUCUGCAAUCAAAAUACAAAAAUGGUAUAGAGCUGUUAUUGAAAUGAGAAAAUGCAGGGCGCAUUAUCAAUCUUUGAAACUGGCCGCGGUAGCUAUAUCUGCUAGAUAUAAAGCUACAAAGCUAAUGCAAUUUGAGAGAAAUAAUUAUAAAAAUCUAAUACAUGCAACUGUAACGAUACAAAGAAGAUUUAAAUGUUUAUUGUUAACAAGAAAACUGAGGCAAAAUUAUUUGGAGCUCAAAAAUGCAGCUAUUGUUAUUCAACGAAAAUUUAGAGCUACAAUAGAGGCAAGAAAGCAAGAACAAGCCUAUAAAAAGCUUAAAGCAGCUACUAUUAUUAUUCAGAGAAGAUGGAGAGCUAAUUUAACAGCUAAAAACACCAGAAAGGAAUAUUUGGAGAUUCGAAGAGCAACUUUCACAAUUCAAAGGUUUGGCAGAGGUUAUUUGAUUAGAACACGUUAUGCGGCACUUUUGACACCGGAAGCUAGAGAUCAGAGGAGGAUUUUGAGGAUACAGAAUAACGCUGCCAAAAAGAUUCAGGCCUACUGGAGGGGAUAUUAUGUAAGAAAAUCGAAUGUCUCCGUGAUAGAUGCAUUGAAGAAGAGGCAGCAGCAAAGAUUCUCAGAAUUAGGUGCACCUGGUCAGGGCAAAACAUUAAUACAGAGAUGUGAAGCGGCCAUGCUAUGUCUGACUGGUGGAAAUGCGUCCGUAGACAUGUUGAUUAGUGCAUUGCAGGACUUAGAUUUUAUCUCACGUCACUGCCAAAAACUUUGCUGCCAACUGAGUCAAAGUCUCCCCUGGCAACUAUACACCAUAAUUACUGCUGCUGCCCGAUCUUUGCCAGAAAUGAAAGCUUCCAAUGUAUCAAGUUACAUCCUCAUCAACUUUUACAAAUAUCCUAAAACAAGACAAAACAGUUGGGACCCAACCCAAAUGGAUAGAGUUCUCAAUGUAUUAGUGAAUUGGUGCGAUAAGGACUCUCCUUUAUUCCCAACUCUGUGUACUCUGUUGUGGCUUUUUGCCCACGAAGCGGAAUAUAAGAAAGUUCUCUUGGCUCUACCAAACUUCCAACUACGACUAGCCAAAAUCUCCACAUUGGUCAUGCGUAAGCAAAAUAUGGUAGAAAAAUCGCACAAAUUACAACUUCACUCGUGUUUUGGUUCAGUGAAACACUUGAAAGUGCCAAGCACAACUGCAACUUGGGGCUUGGACUAUAAAAGACCAAAUAUGUUUACAAAUUCCGUAUUCGCUUUAACUCAUUUAAUGAAUAUUUUUGAUUUGUAA